GCCAUGUUCGUGAUGAUCAACGCGACGGACAACCCGUGGAUGGUGGCGCUGCUGCUGUUCGUGCAGGUGGUGAUGCCGCUGCUGCAGAGCAACGCCGCGGACAACGAGGGCGCGUCGCUGGCGCUCAACGUGGCCAUCCUGUUCCUGCUUGGGCUCUCCUUCAUGACCUUCUGGAAGGCGGCGCGCUUCUGCCGCGUGCUUUACCAGCUCCGAGGACGGCACCCGGAGAUGGGCUGGAUGGCCUUCUUCCGAGAGGCCUACACGCAGGUGUCGGCGGCUGCGGCACAGCGCGAGACCAACAACCAGAACCGCGCGGCGCAGGAGGACGCGCGCUCCGAGACGUUCAACCGCACGCUGCGCACGAUUCAGGUGAUGCCGACCGAGGAGUUCAGGACGCCCGAGGAGCUCAAGGACGCCAGCAUCGCCGAGCUCAAGCAGCGCCUCGAGCGUCGCGACGUGGACUUUGCCGGCUGCGUGGAGCGCCAAGAGCUGGUGGACCUGCUGGUCAAGUACCGUGGAGGUCCGUCCAACAACGACACGUGCUGCAUCUGCUGCGAGGAGUACCAGACGGGCGACGUGCUGCGUCUGCUGCGCAAGUGCAAGCACGAGUUCCACCUCGAGUGUCUGGACAAGUGGGCGUUCACCUCGGUCAACUCGCAGCGCGCGCCGUCCUGUCCGCUGUGCAACCAAGGCCUGGAGUGA